AUGGGUUUUCUUUCAUCGCGAAAUACUAAUAUAACAGAUAAUGUUCAGAUGAGGCACGCGACCGUGGAGAAGUUCCUCUGGGAGAUGAGGCGUGGGAAGCGGUUCAGGUUUACAACGCGGCAGAUCGCCGCCUUCACGCGCAACUACUCCACCCGGCUCGGCUUCGGCACGGUGUUCAAGGGCACGCUCCCCAACGGCCUUGCCGUGGCGGUCAAAGUUUUCCAUGCCAGCCUCGACCAGAAGACCGAGGUGGCGCAGUUCAUGGCGGAGGUGGGCACCAUUGGGCGGACGCACCAUGUGAACCUCGUCAGGCUCUUUGGCUUCUGCUUCGACGAUGCCAUGCGCGCGCUGGUGUACGAGUACAUGGAGCACGGCGCCCAGGACGCGUACCUUGCCGGCCAGGGCCACGAUGUCAUCGGCCUCCCGGCGCUGCGCGACAUCACCGUCGGCGUCGCCAGGGGAAUCCGGUACCUGCACGAGGAGUGCCAGCAGAAGAUCGUGCACUAUGACAUCAAGCCCGGCAAAGUGCUCCUCGAUGGCGCGCUCACGCCCAAGGUCGCCGACUUCGGGCUCGCCCGACUGGUGAACCGUGCAGACACGCACGUCACGGUGUCUGGCAUUCGAGGCACGCCCGGGUACGCCGCGCCGGAGAUGUGGAAGAUGUCGGGCGUCACGGAGAAGUGCGACGUGUACAGCUUCGUCAUGCUCCUGCUCGAGAUGGUCGGCAGGCGGAGGAACUUCAACGAGGCGGCGCCCGAGAGCCAGCGGUGGUUCCCCAUGCUGGCGUGGACCAAGUAUGAGAGGGGUGAGCUCAAGGAGCUCAUCGUUGCACCAAGCCAUGGAACCAGUGGUAGUGCUGCUGCGGCUGGGGCGACGGAAGAGCAGGAACAGCAGAGCAUCAUGGAGAUGGUGGAGAGGAUGUGCAAGGUGGCGUUCUGGUGCGUGCAGCAACUGCUGCAGGCGAGGCCACCGAUGAGUGUGGUGACCAAGAUGCUUGAGGGCGAGGUGUACAUAGCCCAACCGGCGAACCCGUUCCAGCAUCUGAUGGCAGCGCCGGUCGCGGCGAACCUGUGGACGACGACGACCAGUUGUAGCACGGGGAAUGGGAUCUUGACCGCAGGCACGAUGGAAACAAAGGGAGCCUAA